AUGAAGAAAGUCAGCACGCGACAGCAUCUGAAGAAUAUCACCCGCAUUCUUCUGUCGCCGACGUUAUGGUUUGAUGUCUACUGGCCCGCCUCGCGCCAGUACUGGUUCUCUCUCCUCGUCAUCAGUGUCAUUUGCGCGAAGCUGCUACAUAUCUACUCUCACCUCAACUCGCUGUCACCGACCAAGUUUAUGCUCUGGGGUCCGACAUUUUUCCUCCAGGAUAUCGCUUGUAUCCUCGUCGCGCAAGCUCUCUGCCAAAAUUUUUGGCAAAGAUGGCUCCGCAUUAUUGGCGCGCCGGUGGCCGUGCUGCUCAGUAUCUUGACAUCCGGACUGGCGGCGGCGAACUUCUCCUUCUACACACAAACGGGCGCCGAGAUCCAUUGGCGACAAGCGCACUCAUUCCACCGAGAUCCCGCUUCUGUCAAGACUCUAUUAGCCGGACUGACAGGCAUUGUUGUGAUGGAAGUCAUCUUCGGCGUCGCGGCGUGGAUCUCGACUCCAUAUAUUUUCAAUUGGGCUGAGAAGGGGACACACGUGCUAUUUGUGACGCUGAGACCACUCUUCUUUUGCUGGAAGCGGCAGCAGUCCUUGAACGACCCAAAAAGCUAUGCCCAAGUCGCAAUUAACGACUGGGACGAGGAAAAUCCAGACUCGGAGGCCAUGCUGGGCCUGCACGACCCUACGACAGCGCCACUGGUGUCCGUCAGGAGACCCGUGUCUCUCGUCCUGCGUGUCGUGGUGGCCGCUAUUACCAUAAUAGCUCUAGUGCUAAGAGCUAUGCGUCCAUCCGACGUGGCGUACACGUUCCUCUCCCAGACGGUCAUUCUCACGCCAUUUGAGCAGCCGCCUCAGCGUGAGUCAACUUUUACAGUGGAGAUUCCUCCGGAUCUACCGGGAGACUUUAGCUGGCUUUACAAUCACUCCGCUCUUGCCUCCCCUCAACACCUCGACUGGCUGCCACCGCAGGCGCUGGCCGGGUUUCGAGAUUGGUACGAGAAUGGCAAGGAGGGAGUUGCGCUACACUACGACCCGACCCAGGACCCUCUGAAAAUUUCCAAUCUGGAUCGUGAUAUUGUGGGGCCAUGGCGUCACGCAAUCCAGAGCGGCGAUGUGAAGAUCAAGCAUGUGUUUCUGCUCAAGCUGGAGAGUACCCGAUUCGAUGUCUUUCCCGUUCGCAACGACUCGCGUGUUGGUGAGAUCAUUCGCAAUUCUUACGGUGGCACGGUACCUGAUAUUGUGGAUGAACGACUUGCCAACCUUUCUCGCAAUGCUGAAAAACUUACUGGUGUCUCAGCUGGCUGGGGUCAUAGCGACCACUCUUGGCAGCCCCGUGGCGGAAUGUACGCGACCAACGCGUAUACUGGCGAUACGUUUACGCUGAAGAGUAUCUUGGCAAGUGUGUGCGGAAUUGCCCCCUUGGUCGUCGACUUUAAUAAAGAAUAUCUGCACCACAUCUACGAGCCAUGCAUGCCGCAUGUCCUCGAAGCCCUCAAUGCCGUGUCCGGUGGUGAUGACGACAGCAAGGUCGAGGCGGACGAUUUCACAUCUUGGCCCUGGCACCCGGUCUUCAUGCAAAGUAUCACUGAUACUUAUGACAACCAAGACCUCCUCAUUCCUGCCCUGGGCUUCAAAGACAAAGUUAUCGACACCACAAUUGACAAAGAUUGGGCAGAAAAGGACUGGGAAGAGAAGCAGUCCAUCCAUCCGCCUGAGAAGUUCAACUUUUGGGGCUAUCCAGAACAUGAACUGCGGCCGUACUUUGUGAAUGCACUGAAGAAUGCUGAAGAGAACCAUGAGCGUCUCUUCCUGACUCACCUGACGGGUCAGACUCACUUCCCCUGGGAUAUGCCUGUGGGUGAUGAGAUUGAGGAAUUCAUGCAUCAUACUUUCUUCAACCGUCGAGAGCGGAUGAAUUCGUACCUCAAUACAUUGGGUGUUGCGGAUCGUUGGAUUGGAGAGGUCUUUGACGUUAUUGAGGAAGCCGGAGUUGCUGAUGAGACUUUGGUUGUCUUGGUCGGUGAUCACGGUAUCUCCUUGAUUGAGGAUGGAGGGGUCACUCCCUACGAUAAUCCCCACGUGUCUAGUUUCCACGUGCCACUCGUUUUCUCGCAUCCGAAACUGCCUCACAUCCAGAUCGAUGGGCGUGUUACCUCGAUCCAAAUCGUGCCGACGAUCAUGGAUCUCCUGGUGGAAUCUGGGUCCCUUGACGAAAAGGCUGCACAUGCCAUCAGAGAUCUUCUCCCACUGUACGAAGGCCAAUCCAUGAUCCGCGAACUCGUGGCUGAGAGAGACGGCAAAGUGGACUGGCAAUUUACUGUCAUGAAUACAGGUGCGACAUGGUUGGCCGUCCGCUCUGCUGAUCAAGCAUACCGACUCGUCGUUCCGCUUGUGUCUGAUGUGGAAUGGCGAUUCUCCGACGUCGACCUGGACCCGUAUGAGGAGCGACCGCUUCAGUCGUUCACCCUCGACCCCCUUCUGAAGCAGGUUGAAAAGGUACACGGCGAGGCAGCCGUCAAGUGGGUGAUUGAAGCAGCGCAUGUCACGCGAUGGUGGGUCAGUGAGAACUGGCGACGUUAUGAAUUCCAGCCAGAGGCAUGA